CUAAAAUAUAAUAAAAUGGCAGCCAAAGGAACUUGUCCCGAAACAAAACUUUUAAACUAAAGUUUUAGUUUUCCUAUCAACAUAUUUGCACGAAACAAAAAAAUAUCAACGACAAAACAUAUUGUUUUACAGAGUGGCUGGUGAAUAGCAUGUGUAGUUUAAGAUGAUGGAAAAACGUGCUAAACUGAAGAAGGUGAACCCGGAGAUCACGUGUGGCCUGUGUAAGGGAUAUCUUGUGGAGGCCACAACCAUCACAGAGUGUCUACACACAUUCUGUCGUAGUUGCCUAGUUAAGUUUUUACUAGAGAACAACACGUGUCCACGGUGUGGGGACCUGAUACAUCAAUCACACCCUCUCAACUACAUCAGCCAUGACAGAACAAUGCAGGACAUUGUCUAUAAGCUGGUGCCCAAUCUACAAGAGAAUGAAAGGAAAAGGCAGAUAGAGUUCUACAAGAAGAGAGGAAUACAGAUGCCGAAUGGCGAUGCAUAUGAGGAGGACAAGAAGAACAUGGAGAAAUCUCCGCCCAAACAGGUGGACAACAAGGACUUCCAUCGCCUGGACGAACAGGUGAACAUCUGUUUGGAAUGUAAGGAGAUCAACACUCUAAAAAGCCUGAAGCGUAGGAUCCUGCGUCUCUCGUCCCUGGCAACCGUCACACACCUGAAGAAGUUUGUGGCCCUCAAGGUGUUCGACACCAUCGACAGAUACAAGGAUGUAGACAUUCUGUGUAACGAGGAACUUCUGGGAAAGGACCACAUGUUGAAGUUCAUCAUUGCAACUCGCUGGAGAAAUACAGAUGGACCAUUGUUGCUUCACUACCGGAGGAAGAUGGAGUUAUGAGGAGAAUUGCCGAUAAGAGUGAGGGAAAGUUUUAUACAAGAGAUGAGACACUCAACAGCCUGGCAUCUGAUGCACGUUCUUGGAUGUGUAGAACAUGUAUGUGCAACUGAAAAACUCAAAACAACUUCUAGUUCUCUUCAUGGUCAUUAGAUUUGGAAAGACAAGGUGUAAAUUUAUAUGUGUUUUCUUGUGGUCAGUUUCUAAACCUACACUCUAGAUAUUGUAAAGUACAUCAUGUAUCCAUAAUUCAGAGGGGAGAUAUUUGGUACAGUACUGGGUGGUACACAUGUACCUGUUGCACUCAUGCUAAUUGUUCAAGUUGGGACUUUCCUCAACUUAUUAAAAUGUACUUUUGUCAUACAAAUGUAUAGAUAUUGAAUCAAGUUCUUAAAAAGAUCAAACCUGUUUAUUAUGCAAUUAUUUAUAUGCCAUAACAUUUCGUGGGCUCAGUGCAAGAUGACUGUAACUCAAUAUAGAUAUGGAAGCCAUUACAACAGUCUUGAACGAAGUCUGCGAAAUGGUUCUUUGUAAUGAUAGUUAAGGAGUUUUGUUUAUUCUUUCUAAUGUUUCUAUUUUCUUUCUACAUACUAUGUUUUUAAACUUAUCUGGACUAAUGCAAUUCAUUUGUGCAUUCGGAACUCUUCUUUUGGAGGUUGUUGGUAUUCAUGUUAAUGAACUAAAUGAAUAAAUUGCAAACCAUA